UUGCGACCGCCAUAGCACAACCACGGGCCUCACUACACAACCUGCACCGUCACAAGGCACGAAGCUACGUAGAGGUUCAACACAGCCAACAAUUCAGCCACCAGCAAACACUCGCCUGUAACCAUGUUCAGACAAGACAACCGCCCUGACCCCAACAGGCGAACCAUCCUCGACUUCCGCAAGAAGCAGUUUGCCGAACCGGUCUACAAGCAUGCCGACUACCCCUACCGCAUGAACUUUUACUCUACCCCUCCCACCGCAGACAUUACACUCGAGCAAUUCGAGCAAUGGGCAAUAGACAGGCUUCGGAUCCUUGCUGAGCUGGAAGCAUGCUCGUUCCGGAACAAGUCGCCGCCAGAGACGGCUCUGCACAUGAAGCCGCUCCUAGACAAGUACCUGCCGCUCGACUCCAACAGCUCCGCCUCGUCGCAGCUCCAGGCCCAGCGCCAAAAGGACCACUACGGUCACUUCAUCCUGCGUCUCGCUUUCUGCUCCACCGAAGAUCUGCGCCGCCGCUUCUCUCGCAUCGAGACAAUGCUAUUCCGCCUCCGCCUCACGGCCGAUGACUCCCGCGAGCGCGCCGCCUUCGUCGCUUCCAUCGGCGGCCUGGCUUGGGACCCCUUGACAGACGACGAGCGUAGGGAGCUUUCCACAGAGCUCGCGGCUACCGCCGGGUGGAAGACGCAGCCCGAGGAUGAAACUUGGUGCAAAGUCGACUGGGACAGGGUUCCAGACCUGGUCGAGGGAAGGCGGGUUUUCAUCAGGGGUGGGAAGGCCUUUGUGCCAGGCAAGGAGCAGAUGAGCAUGGUGGUGUCCGAGUUCACGGCUCGGCUGGAUAAAACGUUGGAGUUGACUGCACGGGCUCUUCCUAGGCUGGACGAGGACGACCGUCUGACGCCGAUUCUGAACCACCUCUCCAAGAACUUCAUCACGCCAGACGCCUCGUACCGCAGCGGGGACGGCGACUCGACCGCCCCAGGCUCGGAGCUGACAGCCCGCAACGUUGACAAGCUAGCGACGGAGCACUUCCCUCUGUGCAUGCAGCACCUGCACCGGUCGCUGCGGCGGGACGCGCACCUCAAACACUUUGGGCGACUGCAGUACACGCUCUUUCUCAAGGGCAUAGGGCUCUCGCUUGAGGAGUGCCUCCUCUUCUGGCGCUCGUCCUUCCACAAGAUCACGGACGACACCUUCAACAAGGAGUACAGGUACAACGUCAGGCACAUCUACGGUGACGUCGGCGGCGACGCCAACCGCAGGGGCACGGGCUAUCCGCCCUUUGGCUGUCAGAAGAUCCUCACGGAGCACCCGCCCGGCCCCGGCGAGGCGCACGGGUGUCCGUACCGUCACUUCAACCUCGAGAACCUGACGGCCCUGCUGCAACAAGUCGGCAUUAACGACCGGGCGGUACUCACCGGCGUCAGGGAGGACAAGGAGAAGCAAAAGUUUCACCUGGCCUGCAAUAGGGUGUUUGAGCACAUACACAAGAACGAGAUUAAACGCGCCAAGGACGAGAACAUCAUGACAGGCGCGCAGCUCGAGACCAUUGUGCACCCGAACGAGUACUUUAAGCGCAGCUAUCUGCUGAAGCACCUGGAUGGCAAGAAGGAGAAGGAUGACGUCAAGAUGGAAGGCUGAGCUUGAGUUGCUUCGUUUGUAAUUAUCUACGUUCUAACAUGAUAUGAUUGACUGGUGCACUAAUCAUAAAAUGUUUACUUGA